AUGUACACUGCACAACGUGCUCCACCCCCGCGCUCGACGACGACACGCCAGGCGAGCCGCCGCGAGCGGGAGGAGCAAGAGAAGCUGCUCGCCGAGUUUGAGCUGCGCCGCAAGAUCCGCGCGACGCUCGUGCCCACCGAUGACGCCAAAGUGCGGGAGAUGCUGCGGCAGCUGGGGGAGCCCGUCACGCUCUUUGGAGAGAGAGAGAUGGAGCGCCGCGACCGCUUGAAGAAGAUCAUAGCAGAGCGUGACGUGACGGGGCUGGAGGGGGCGCCGGUGACGGGGGCGCUGGUGCUGGAGGAGCAGGUGGUGGUGCAGAAAGAGGUGUUCUACACCGAGGGCACCCAGGAGCUGCAGCAGGCGCGCAUGGAGGUAGCUGUGUGGUCCUUGGGGCGGGCAGCGGCGCGGGUGCGGGCGGCGAAGCGGCUGCGGGAGGAUCUCGGGUCACUCAAGGCCGCCAAGGCGUCCCGCGAGGCGUCCGAGGCGGCUGCGAAGAAGCUGGCACAGCAGAGCUCAGAGAUCGGGGACGACCGCCCCGUGGGGGGCUGCGCGUUCAGCCCUGACGGCGCGGUGCUGGCGGCCUGCGGCUGGGGCGGCGCGGUCAACCUGUGGCGGGCGACAGACAGCUCAAACGUGGCGCGCCUGCGAGGCUUCAGGGCGCACCCGGAGCGCGCGACAGGCAUCGCGUGGCACCCACAGGCGACGCUGGGGCAGUCUGAGGAGGCCGCCAACCUGCUGACAGGCAGCGCCGACGGCACCGCGGCGCUCUUCAGCAUGGCGGGGCAGCAGCUGCGGAUGCUGGAGGGCCACACGGACCGGCUGGGCCGCGUCGCGUGGCACCCCAUGGGCCGGCACGUGGCCACCCCCAGCUUUGACAGCACCUGGCGGCUGUGGGACGCGGAGACGGGCGCCUGCCUGCUGGAGCAGGAGGGGCACAGCCGCGGGGUCUACGCGGUGGCCUUCCACCCAGACGGCAGCCUGGCAGGGUCUGUGGGGCUGGACGCGAUAGGCCGGGUGUGGGACUGCCGCACAGGCCGCAGCGUGCAGGUGCUGGAGGGUCACGUGAAGCAGGUGCUCUGCAUCGAUUUUGCACCCAACGGUUAUCAGAUUGCCACAGGCAGCGACGACCACACCGUGCGCGUGUGGGACCUGCGCAAGCGGGCCUGCGCGUACUGCCUGCCCGCGCACCGCUCGCUGGUCAGCGCGGUGCGGUGGCAGCCGGACGCGGGGCACUACCUGCUCACCGCCAGCUACGAUGCCACCAUCAAGGUCUGGUCGACGCGGGACUGGUCGCUGCUCAAGGUGCUGGCCGGGCACGAGGGCAAGGUCAUGGCGGCAGACAUCGCACCGCAGCCGCCGGCCGGCGCGGCGCAGCAGCGGCAGCAGCAGCAGCAUCGGGAGGACGGGGGCGGCGAGAUGGACGUGGACGGGGAGGAGGGGGCCGCAGCGGGCGGGGCGCCUCAGCACUUGAUUGGGUCGGCCGGGUACGACCGCACGGUCAAGCUCUGGGCGCCGCAGGACACACCAGACCUAUUUGGCGGCGACGACGGGCUGCCGUUCUGA